UACACAAAAAAACGUCCCAACCGCAUAUCUCUGUGCUCAUUUCUGCUAUGUCCUUGUGUAUACGGAAUGUUAAAAGUGUGUGAUUUCUUAUCAUUUAUUAUAAAUUACUCUCUGUUCAUUGCUAUUGCAUCAUUUGCUAGUCAAACCAGUUAUUGUCUACUCAUUGUUAUUAUUGCAUCAUCAGCUAGUCCAACGACCUAAAUCUUUACUUUUUUGUGGGGUUGGGCCGACUUCCUGAACCGUUUGAACUUGAUCUUGUAGGGUUCUCUCUCUUCCUUGCGUUCUUAAUUGAUCGAAUGCACCAUUAUAUGUGGAAAUUGAACAAAUUUAGAAGUGAUUCUGGAGACUCGAAACAAGAAGUCGAGAGGCUUGAGAAAGAAAAGUUACAACUGAAGGAAAAGGAAGAGAGAGCUGCUGAAGAAGUAAAACGAUUACAGAAAGAAAUUUCUAGUUUGAUGGAGAAUUUGAAUAAGCUAAAGGCGGAGUCUGCAGAAAAAGACAAGAAGGUGGGAACUGCUGAAGCUCAUGUCGUUGCUCUCCAGAAACAAGCUGCAGAUCUGCUUCUCGAGUAUGAUCGUUUAUUAGAAGAUAACCAGAAUCUUCAGAACCAAGCUCAUGGUUUUCGGAGUUGAGAUACUUGAAGGAAUCAAACUGUCAGAAAUUUUGAAAAUUGUUUUGGUAAUGGGCGACUAUAAUGAUCAAUGAUCACGAUCAGCCAACACAAUGUCUUGAUGUUUCAGCGUUAACGCAGAAGGGAUUUGAACAGCAGGAUUUAGCAGGAUCGAUUAAUAUUAUUACAGUUUAUCGAAAAUUGCUGUCAUCAUUUUGUUUCUCGAACCCGACUUUAGGAUAUCUGUUUUGGUUUUUUCAACUGACGAGGCGAUUUAGUUAUGUUGACGAAAAAGUUCUCUGACGAUUUUCUUUUAUUUCUCAGAAUGGAUAGAUUUUGUUUGAAGAACUUUCGACUUUUGCUGGAGUGACAUAUAGAGAAUCUUUUUGGCA